CGGAGUUCAAUUAUGCAGCCCAGAUAUUUAAUUUAGGACGGCAGCUAAAAAUAUUCAUUAAAUCAGCUCCACCGCUAGCCCAUAUCCAUAUAUCUAUUCUGGUUUAUUUUAGUAAUACUAUCUAUAUCUAUAUCUAUAUGCGUAGUAUUAUAGAUUUAGUAACAUUGGUGAUAGUCUUUGACACGUGUCAUUCUUAAAAAACACCUCUGCCACAUGGCACUUCUACAUGCAUCACCUCUAUCUCUAUUGAUAUUUAAUUUAGUAAUCAUUUGGCCGAACUAGUUACUACGCCAAUUUUGACCAAACUACCUCAAGUGUGAACCUGCCCCUCUUCAAUCAUUCUCUAAUAAUCAGCUUUCAAUCAAAUCAAUAUCUCUAUUUCCAUAUUCACUUGUUGCAUUCCAUCGUGUGGAUCCAUUUGCAUUACAAGUAGCAUUAACCCACGGUACAACACCUCUUCAUCCUUCCCUACAAAUCAGCUUUCAAUAGAAUCAAUAAACAUCCACAUUUAUUUAAAUAUUAAUACAUUACCAUAUUAACUUUUUGUCUACAACCGUGAGGGUUCAUUUUAGUGUUACCAUAUUGAACCUGCGUUCAAAUAAUUUUAUUACCAUAUAAUACCUAUGUUCCCUACAAAUCAGCUCUUCAUCUUUCAUUAUAAAACCUCACUAAGCUAUUAACGAGUGCAUUGUUCUCACUACCUUGAGAAAUGACUUCUCCUAUCACGUAUGAUUCAAUUUCGAGUGUUUCAACUGUGAAAGACAAUUGGAAUAUUAAGGCAAUCUUAGUGCGCUUAUGGUUCGUUCUAGAGACUAAUUCAUCCAGGCCAAAUAAUCAUCGCUCAUUGGAUAUGCUUCUAAUGGAUGAAAAUGGGUGCACAAUUCAUGCCUCAAUUCGUAAGGCCCUUAUAUACCGCUUUCAGAAUAUUUUAUCAGAAAGAACAGUUUAUUCUAUCCGUGCCUUCACCCUCGCUUCCAAUACUGGAGAUUUUAGGCCUACUUCGCAUAAGUACAAAAUAAAUUUUCAAAUUCAGAUGAAGGUAAUAAAGGUUGAAGAUGAAACACUGCUCAAAAACAGUUUCUCAUUGGUUCCGAUUAGCUCAAUUUUAGCCAGAGAAAUUGAUAUGGAAGUUUUAGUUGAUGUGAUCAGAUUUGCGACGUAUUAUGGAAAAGAACACGAGAUGGAGAUAAAUGGGACAAAGUCCAAAAGAAAUUAUAUUAUCUUAGAAGCUGACAGCUGCAAAAUAAGAUGCAUUCUAUUUCAACCAUAUGUUGAUGAGUUGAACCUAUUUCUCUCUUCGGGGAAGAAAGAUAACGAUGUUGUCAUAGUGCAGCUCGCUAAAGCGAGACGUUACAAAGGAAUAAUAAUGCAUUUUUAUUCCCUUAUGUUUGAUCGUGAAGCCUCUAUGAUGUGGAAUAAGUCAUGUGUUGAAAUGCUUGAUGAGCUAGAUAAGCAGGAUGGUUCGUUAGCAUUGCCUAAGCAGUUAACUGAUAUGGUAGAUAAAGAACUACUUUUCAAGGUUGCAUAUAGAAAAUCGAGUAACCCUCGCUUCCCUCCUACAUUUCCUAUAAAAAGGGUAUGUGAUGAUGCUGCAAUCAUUCAGAAAUUUAAGGAGCUACACUUGCCAAAUGUGAACUCUGUUUCAGAAAGCUCAUGCUCUGUCCGUAAUGCAUCCAUUUCCCCUAAUGAUACUCUUUCACAGAAUCUGAUGUCCAAGUUUGAAGAUCUAGACAAUGAGUCUCAAAUGCAACAGACAAUCGAAAUAGACAUUGCCACAGAAUCUGUUGAGAUUUCAAAUAAUAAGAGGGCAUAUUCUGAAGAUACAACAUCAAAACCCGAAGGCCACCCGAAGAAAGGCAAAAACAGCACCACGUUUAGGAGUGUCCAUCAACAAUUGGAGAUGAUCUCCUGCAUGCUUCGGAUACUCAAGGGGUUGAAGCGGUGUAUACCAUACAUGAUGGCGAUUUGUGUGUGAGUGACACAACAGCUGGAUCAGACCCGAAGUAUUUGAAAAAGAGCAUAAAAGUUGAAAAGGAUUAGAUUUCUUCCUAAAGAAGCUUAUAGUAUUUUCAUAUGAUGUUUAAUUUGGUUUUCAUACCAUUGAACUUUUUGUUUCUUAAAUAUUGUUUUGCUGCAACCUACAUUUGAGAACAAUGUUGUUUUUCACAUUAAGAGAU